AUGACUUUAUUACAACACAAUCGACUUCGUUUUUUUAUUUUGGGUAUUAUAUUUAUUUUUAUGAUCAAAUUUAAUUUUAUGCAUCAUAAAGUACAAAAUAAAAAUAUUUUCAAAGGAACUAAAAAUUCAUGUAAUCUAUCAAUGAUUGAAAGUGAUCAAUUGAUAUGUGAAUCAGAUGAAAUAUGGCAAAAAAGACGUGCAUUUUAUUCAGAACAACAUGAUAGAAAUAUUUUAACAAUGAAUGAUUAUGAAAAUUAUUUUUAUAAAAAUUGGUUUCCAGAAUUUCAAUGUCCAAAUGAGACACGUCUUGGUGAGGGUGAUGGAGGCAAAUGGGCAUGUGAUAUAGAAUAUUUGAAAUCAAAGUCACCGUGUCUUAUAUAUUCAUUGGGUUCUGAUGGAGAUUUUCAAUUUGAAGAAACCGUACAUAAACGUUUACCCCAUUGUUCUAUUCAUACGAUUGAUAUGAGAUAUUUUGAAUGUCCAAAGAAUGUUUGUAAAUUUCAUCAAAUAAAAUUAGGUGAUGGUCAAAAUAAAACAACAACAUUACGUCAACUUAUGACUGAACUCAAUCAAACAAAUUUUGAAAUAGAUAUUCUUAAAGUUGAUAUUGAAUAUGGUGAAUAUAUAUUAUUUCAUAAGUUUUUUUCGAAUAAUAUUCUUAAUCAAUCUUUUAAACCUGUUUAUAUUCGACAAAUUCUUAUUGAGGUUCAUCUUGAUCGUGACCGAAUAAUUGAAACGAAUGCUUUAUUUUAUUUAUUCAAUUCUCAAAAUUAUGUUAUUUAUCAUCGAGAACUUAAUCCAGGUUUUCCAUAUUAUGCUUGUGAAUAUGGUCUUCUUAAAUUAAAUAGGAAAUUUUUUCGAGGACAUUUUUAA